AUGGGAUUAGGCGGUUUAAGUCGUGAUCUUCAGGGUGGUGGCGGUGGUUCACAAGGAGAUACACCUAUGGUUGAUACAGCUGAACAAGUGUAUAUAUCAUCAUUGUCCCUAUUGAAAAUGUUAAAACAUGGAAGAGCUGGUGUGCCGAUGGAAGUCAUGGGUCUUAUGUUAGGUGAAUUUGUCGAUGAUUACACUGUACGUGUUAUUGAUGUAUUUGCUAUGCCUCAAUCUGGGACGGGUGUCAGUGUAGAAGCGGUUGAUCCCGUCUUCCAAGCAAAAAUGUUAGACAUGUUAAAACAAACAGGUAGACCAGAGAUGGUUGUUGGAUGGUAUCACUCACAUCCUGGUUUUGGUUGUUGGCUAUCAGGAGUCGAUAUUAAUACACAACAAAGUUUUGAAGCAUUGACCGAACGAACAGUGGCUGUUGUUGUUGAUCCUGUUCAAAGUGUUAAGGGCAAAGUUGUUAUUGAUGCAUUUCGUUUAAUAAAUCCAAAUUUAUUUGUAUUAGGCCAAGAGGCACGUCAGACAACGUCAAAUUUAGGUCAUUUAACUAAGCCAUCGAUACAAGCAUUAAUUCAUGGUCUAAAUCGACAUUAUUAUUCAAUAUGUAUUAAUUAUCGUAAAAAUGAAUUAGAACAAAAAAUGUUAUUAAAUUUACAUAAAAAAUCAUGGAUUGAUGGUUUAACAUUACAAGAUUUUAAUGAUCAUAGUGAACAAAAUACAAAUGUUGUUAAACAAAUGUUAGAUUUAUCGAAAAAUUAUAUUAAAUCAUUGGAAGAAGAAGAGAAGAUGACACAGGAACAACUAGCUAUUCGAAAUGUUGGUAAACAAGAUCCAAAAAGACAUUUAGAAGAAAAUGUUGAUAUAUUAAUGACAACAAAUAUUGUUCAAUGUGUAGCUGCCAUGAUGUCAUUGUGUUGUUUUAAAUAG